AUGAACCCCGUCAACACCCAACCCUACACCCUCCCACCCGACGCAAUCUGGCUGAUAACCGGCUGCUCCUCCGGCAUAGGCCAGUCCAUCGCAACCCUCCUCGCCUCCAAGCCCAACCAACGCCUCAUAGCAACAGCCCGCAACCCUUCUGCCCUCUCCUACCUCCCGGAUACCCCCAACAUCCUCAAACUAGCCCUAGACGUAACAUCCCCCUCAUCCGUCGAUGCCGCAUUCGUCGCUGCCGCACAGCAUUUCGGAGAUGCCUUCCAUCUCGACGUCGUCGUGAAUAACGCAGGCUAUUCACUAUCUGGCGAUACCGAGGCCGCAACCGAGGAGGAAGCGCAUUUAGAAAUGGAGACGCUGUUCUUCGGGACUGCGCGGGUUACGACGCGCGCGCUGCCGAUUAUGCGGAAGGAAGUCGGUGGGAGGAAGGGAGGUGUGGUUUUUAACAUCUCGAGUUUGGCGGGGUUGUGUGGGUUUCCGGGACAUGCGUAUUAUCACGCGGGGAAGUUUGCGGUAGAGGGGUGGUCGGAGUCUGUAGCGAGGGAGGUACAUCCGGAUUGGAAUGUCAAUAUUUGUAUCGUCGAACCGAGCGGUGUGAAAACGAACUUCGAUGGUCAUUCGAAAGCGCGUAUACAGGCGCAUCCUGACUACGCGGGUGAGGAUAUGCCUGCCCGGCAGCUUGAGAAGUAUGUGAAUAUGGGGAUUAAGUCAGGGAUUGGGAUGAUGGAGCCGAGUGCUGUGGCAGAAACUUUGUGGAGUGUUGCUAGUCGUGGGGAGAAGGUGCCGUUGAGGUUGCCGUUGGGCGCGACGUGUUGGAAGAUGGCGAAGGCGAGGUGUGAGGGGUUCUUGCGGGAGUUGGAGGGUAUUAAGGAGGUGAGUACUUUUGGGGAAGGGGUUUGA